GGCUUAAUCGCCCGAUAGCCGCGUUCGCGGCAAAAUAAUAUUUUGGCCACCCACCACUCCCCACUGCAUCGAUACUCUUUCCAGAAGGGUUUCAUUAUGCCAUCAUGAAUCGACGGAUAAUAUGUACUCGGUCUGUGUCCUUGGGACGAUCGGUUCGGCCUCGACAAUUUCAGCUUCAACAGCGAUACUUUGCUGCUGUUGCGCAGGAUCAUAGGUAGCCAACUGCUCAUCUCGGCCAACUCUUUAUUGACUGUUUUCAGGCCAUACGAUGUUGUCGUUAUAGGAGGAGGCCAUGCUGGAUCCGAAGCAUGUGCUGGUGCAGCCAGAUCCGGAGCCAGGACUGCGCUCAUUACACCGAAACUCGAAAACAUUGGGGUGUGCUCAUGCAACCCAAGUUUUGGAGGGAUUGGGAAAGGCACAAUGUUGAGGGAGGUCGAUGCUUUGGAUGGAGUUGCUGGAAGAAUUAUUGAUAAAUCCGGCGUGCAAUUCAAGGUUCUGAAUAGAAAGAAAGGCCCGGCUGUGUGGGGUCCUCGUGCCCAGAUCGACCGCAAACUGUACCAGAAACAUAUGAGAGAAGAAUUGGAUACGUACCCAAAUCUGUCGAUUGUGCCUGGGAGUGUAGCGGAUAUCGUUGUCACUCAUGAAGAGGGCCAAAUACCAAGCGGGAAGAUUACGGGUGUUCGACUGGAGUCGGGAGAGGUCAUACAGACCAACCAUGUGGUAAUCACGACCGGAACUUUCUUAGGCGGAGAGAUCCAUAUUGGGCUGGAGUGCCACCCUGCUGGGCGAAUGGGCGAAGCAGCCACUUUUGGCUUGAGCAAAUCAUUGAAGGACGCAGGAUUUGAAUUGGGAAGACUGAAGACUGGUACUCCCCCUCGCCUGGCCAAAGGAACCAUCAAUUUCAGCAUUUUGGAUGCCCAGGCUGGCGAUGAGCCACCAAUGCCCUUCAGUUUCCUGAAUGAGUCUGUUUCGGUGGAGGAUCAGCUACUUUGUUAUGCGACAUAUACGAACGAAGCAUCGCACGAUGUGGUUAGAGCCAACCUUGCAAACUCGAUUCAUAUCAGGGAAACAGUCAAGGGGCCGAGGUAUUGUCCUUCUCUAGAAUCUAAGGUCAUCCGUUUCUCGGAUAAGGAGAAGCACAUAAUAUGGCUAGAGCCAGAAGGUUUCGAUAGCGAUGUGAUUUAUCCAAAUGGGAUUUCCAUGACUAUACCAGCAGAAGCCCAAGAGCAACUUCUGAAAACUGUCAAGGGCUUGGAAAAUGUCACAAUGUUACAACCAGGUUAUGGAGUAGAAUACGACUACGUCGACCCUCGAAGUCUGAAGUCAACACUCGAGACUAAGAAGAUACGUGGGCUGUUCUUAGCAGGACAAAUCAAUGGAACGACAGGUUACGAAGAAGCGGCCGCACAAGGCAUCAUAGCCGGUGUCAACGCCGGUCUGUCCUCACAAUCGAAACCUCCGAUUAUACUUUCCAGAAGUGAUGGCUAUAUCGGAAUCAUGAUCGACGAUCUCAUCACCAAAGGAGUUUCAGAACCAUACCGCAUGUUCACAUCACGGAGCGAAUAUCGUAUGAGUGCCCGGGCAGACAAUGCUGAUCUGCGGCUCACUGCAAAAGGUCGAGAAGCAGGUAUAGUCAGCGACAACCGCUGGUCUAGAUUUUCAGACGAACUGUCCCAAAUUGACGGACUGAAGGCUGCUCUUAUGGCCAAAACCUCCAGUGCCCCCAUAUGGAUCAAAGACGGCUUCAGAGUCGGCAACGACUCGACUCGACGAUCGGCUUUUGAAGUCCUGCGCCUAGCAGGCGUAAAACUCGCAGAUAUGGAGUCCCUCGUCCCAGAAAUCACACAGUAUAACUCUCGCAUUCAGACACGAGUCGGCAUCGAAGCCGUGUAUGCUCCAUACGUUGAGCAACAGACAACAGCCAUGCGCGUAUUCCAGAAGGACGAGAAUCUAAGACUUCCGCUGGACUUGGAUUAUGAUAGUAUUUUCGGGCUAUCGAUGCACGAGAAGUCUCUGCUCAACGUUACGCGGCCGGAAUCAGUUGGCCAAGCGAGACGUAUUGAGGGAAUGACGCCUGCUGGGACAUUGAGGCUAUUAGCUUUUGUGCAGGGGAGGCAGAGGACUGCUGCGAAAGCUGUUGCCUUUGAGGAGAUUGCUGCGAGAAAGAAGGAGUUCAUGGUUAGUAAUGGUAAAUGAGUCGGUGAUUCUGGGAAAUAGAUGAGCGGGUCUUGCAUAUUCCGGAGUUGGAUUUGAAGUACUCUCUCGAUUGAGAGUUGUACCUGUAACGUCUGUAACAACAUGUAUUGAACAACUGAAUUGUACGAUGAGACACACAAGGAAUGUCAAAGCACCAGAUGCUCUCCGG